CAGUUGUUCAGUUAUGGGGUGCUUUUCAUCAAAACAAGAAGAUAUCGUGGCGCAACCAUUGCACCAUUCUGACCAUGGCAGCAAGCACUCAGUGAAGUCAGCGGCAACUAGGAUGGAUGAUGCUGCGGGCAAACCCUCGAACGAGAUAACUGUUAGUGGAGUCGACCCUGUUACCGGGCAUCCACCAAGUCCAGCUACUACUGUGCCUACUUUGGCAUCUCAAGUGUCCAGGGUUUAUACUGAGGCUCGUGCUAACUUCGCCCGGGAUGUGGCUAAGGACUCGCAAAAGGCUCUCUUAGCGUUCGAGGGCGAUCAUUGCUUCCAGAGCUCUGGUGUGGUUGAUGAAGUCACCUUAUUGAGCCGACCCUCAGGCCAGGGUUCAGCUCGUGUUGUCGGUGGUAAAGUCACUUUGCCUGCCGGUUUGGGUGUCGGUGUAGAUCAAGUCGUUGCCUUCUUGAUGGACUUCGACGCUCGAUCUACUUGGGACACCUCGUUCAAGCGGUGGAAGGUCAUAGAAAAGUUUGAUGAUGCUGACCCGCCUGUUUCUAUCUGUUGGGCGGCCACGCGAAACCUCAGCUCCGUUUUGGUUGACCGAGAUUUUGUUUUUGCUAUGAUGGCUGAGAAGCUAUCUCCUUCGCGAGCUGUUGUCUCCUAUCGCUCGCUUGAUUUGGUUGACUACCCCGAGGGUAAGUACGAUUUGUCCCUCACUCGUGGUACUAUCGUGAACUCUGGUUACAUAGUCGAGGCACUUGAUGGGGUUAUUUUUAUAUCGCUCUUCGAGCAAAUUGAUCUUGGAGGAAGCGCCCCAUCAUUCGUGGCGGAGCGCGAGUUGUCUACUCUUCCAUUAAAGCUCGUUAAACUACAUACAGCUAUUAUGUCUUCCAAGAUAGUGGUUGCACCCACGACAGCAAAGACUACAGCAGAACCUAUAAAAUCCGACGAUGAAGUACCGAAGCGAGCUGUGGAGGAAUCUCAACCGGCGGCAGCUGAGGCCGAGAAUACAUCUCUGAGUGAAGAGGGUCAGCGUAUGAUGAAGGUUGGCCUCGAUGCUCAAGCGGCUUUAUUGGCCUUCCAAAAAGAUAGUUCUUUCAAGUCUAAAGGGAAGUCUGGUCCAGUUGAGCUCUCCGUGAGGUCACAGAAUGGCAGUGAGAUGCAGGUCGUAUGUGGCAAGAUGAAUUGGGGUAAAGAUUAUACCAUUUCCCAAGUGAUGGAAUUCCUUGGUGAUAUGACCAACAAGGUUAACUGGGAUGAUCAGUUGAUUGAGGGCAAGGUGCUGAAGAGCUACUUGAACGACGGACAGCGAGAAGUCACUCUGACUUGGACGUCGUAUAAAGGAGAGAUGGGAGUAGCUGGCCGAGACUUCAUCUACGCUGCUGUUAACGAGAAGGUAUCUGAGACUAAGGGUGUUAUGACAUGUCGGUCGGUUGACUUGGACGAGUUCCCAGAACAUAAGUUCUCAGCUGAAGCAUGUAGAGGUUUUAUCCAAAAUGCUGGCUAUGUAAUUGACAAGGCUCCGAGUGGUGACUUGAUAGUGUCUUUCUAUAACCAAGUCGAUGUUCGAGGAUCCGUCCCGACAUGGAUAGUAAAUAAGGCCACGAUGAAGCAACCCAUGAGCUUGGUACCGGCCUUCGCAGCCAUCAAGCACUACAAGUUCAAACCAGUACCUGUAGCAGUGCCGUCGGCCAAAGACGAGGUCCCAAUGGUCGAGAAGCCUCAAAGCCUGCCAGUUCCUGAGAAGCCUGAAGAGUCUGUUAAGGAAGUAGCGGCGACGACCGAGUCCCAGCCUCCUAAUGAGAUAACUUCUCCUCAAGCUAAGAUGGCUCUUGAUGCCGGUAUGACUGCCCAGAAAGCGUUGCUUGCCUUUGAGAAGGAUCCGACCUUCAAGUCACAAGGUCGCUCCGGCAAUGUGGACUUGUUUGUGCGGCCCCAGACAGUGACUGAGCGACAGGUCGUAUGUGGCAAGAUGAGCUUUGGUAAGGAGUAUACCAUCAAACAGAUCAUGCAGUUUAUCAACGACCUGGCGUCCAAAGAGACGUGGGAUAGCCAGUUCCAGGAUGGUAGAGUUUUAGAGACUUACUCUGAAACAUCUGACCGGACCCUUACUUUGACCUGGGCCGCGUAUAAGAAGCAAAUGGGUGUUGCUGGCCGCGACUUCGUUUAUGCUGUCCUCAUCGAGAUGGUGUCCCCAACAGUUGGUGUUAUCGCGACACGUUCGGUGAACAGGGACGACUACCCAGAGCAUAAGUUUUUGGAUACUCAUUGCAGAGGCUUCAUCGACAAUGCUGGAUAUGUUAUCCAUGAUGUCGAUGGAGAGAAGAUUGUAUCGUUCUAUAAUCAAGUAGAUGUUGGUGGUUCGGUUCCUACAUGGAUCGUCAACAAGGCCCAAAUGAAGCAACCGAUGAGUUUGGAUUCUACUUUCCAGGCUCUGAAGAAACACAAGUUCGAUCCUGCUGAGUAGCGCAGCAGCACUGAUGGUCUUCCAGGGCCACUGCCUUGUCUUUCAUUGCUAUAGCUAUGAGCUAUGCACCGGCUGGGAGUUUUUGACUGUAGAGACGCUCUGAGUGCAUUCCUCAUAGGCUGCUUAGCUAGCCGCUUUGAGUACCUUGUUCAGCUCAUAUAUUUUCAUCAUCGGUAUACGGUUUCUUCAUAUAAUGCAGGGUAAG